AUGGAGUCUCCACUUCUUAGAGCGGGAGUGGCAGCUGCACAGAAUGCUUUGCGCAUGUUGCCCAAUGCAAAUGUGAAGACAGAAGAAGUGAAAUCAGAAGAGAAGGUGAAGGUUGAAGUCAAGAAAGAGUUUUCACCUGCAGGAAAGAGCGAGGAGAGUGCAGCUGCCAAGAAAAGGAAGACUGAGUGGACAUCUGCGCUUAGGAAGAUGCCAGGGGAUGUGUCGUUUGCUCAGGACAUUUUGUCCUAUCUCUCACUUUAUGUCGAACCUGCGUAUGCCGGGGCUUCGCUUUCCACAGCCCAUCCGGCCGACCCGGUCCUGGACGCCUUCAAAGAUCCUGAGGUUUCGAAGACGACCAUGCACAAACUUCAGGUCUUUUUGGAAGAGGAUGUGUCAGGACUUGCUGGCCAAGGAGAUGACAAGCGCUUGGUGGUUACAGUGCCUUUGAGUUCAAUCCUGAUCUUGAGGCCACCAGACAUGCCUUGCAUCGAAGAUUGGAUCACUUGCUGCGUCUCUUUUCUUUUCUCUGGCAACAGACUGUACCGUGAACCCUUGGAUUUGAAUGUCCAAGACAUGGGUGGGAUGGGAUCUCCAUCUGAGCCAUUUCUGCUCAUCAAGAAAGGAUUUACGACCUCUGCAGUGUUUCUCCUCUUGGUUGCAGCUGAUCUCGAUCCAAUUUCUGGGAAGGAUUUGCUGGAGUGCUUGCUACCAGCCAUUGGUGAGCUGUUCGACCUGCCGUCCACCAUCACGGCUUGCUCAGAUCCUGAAACUGUGAACUUCGAAGGGAUCCAGCUUAGCACACAGGGAGCUGAAAGGCAGAAGAAAGAUGUACUCAAGAUGGCAACUCGUUUUGAGAUGAUGCUGAAGGCGAGGAUGCAGACUGAAGCUGCCCAAACUCAAAAUGAAGGUGAGAUGUUGCAGACCAUCGUUGCCCGGUACAAUUCGUAUCGGGCAAAUGCAGCGAUUCGAAAAUGGCAGAUCAGCCCGGAUCAGUACCAGGCGAUUUGGUGCAUCAUUGUUGGGCUCGAUGAGAUUUCAAGGAGUCUGUUGCGGUCUCACUUGGAUCACAACAAGUGGGAAGAAAGCGGCUACAAUGAGUCACUCCUGCGGUUGAAGCGACACCUUUUGAAUGAGACUGUGAGGGGUUUGCAGCCAUUUUGGGAACGACUCCUCACAGUUACACCAGAUGUGCAGCAUGUCCAUUUCAAGAAGUACAACUACUUCUGGGCAAUCCAUUGCCGGAAAGUGAAGAAAUCUAUGAGAAGCAGGCUGCGAUGGAAUGAGGACCAGUGGACUGCCAACGUCAACCAGUGCUGCAUUUUUGUGUGGGUCUACAAGGAGUCCAAGAAUGAUCCCAAUGUGACACAGGACAUGUUGGAUGCAAUGGAAGAAGGCUUUCUGUGUGGGGAUUAUGGCCAAGAUCUGGAGGCAAUUCUGGUGGCGAAGCCUGCUCGUUUGACAAUCGAGAUGACUGCUAUGUGGCAGGAUCACGUUGGCAAAGUUCUUCUCAAAGGUCCAUCGGGCAACGCUACUGAAGACAGCAACGCGGCAGUGGACGAAGCAGAGGUCCUUCACAUGCGUGACCAGAUCCAAGUGGGGCUUGGUGUUGCAGAGUCGUUUCUGCAGAAGAGGCUGAUGAUGUUGUGUGCGGACAAGAACAAGGGCAACAGUUUUGCUGGCCUUGUCCGCCGUGUUCUCCAAGAUGCGUCGCAGAAGUUUGAUGCUGCUGAUAUCAACAAGAUCCAUCACUUGGGCUUUGUUGACAUGACAAAGUAUGGACGGUUGUCAGCAGUCGAAGUCAAUGAGGUGUGCCAAUGGUGCUUGCAGCUUCUGUCUCAAAACCCGGACUACAGCAUGGUCUUCAUGUGCUGCCCUGUGAUUGCUGGAGAUGGGGUGAUCAAUGGAUUGCGGGGAGAGUCCAGGCGCAUUGAGGACAAGCUGUCGCAACUUCAGAUGGAAGCCAAGUUGGUGCAGAUCAUGUUUGACACAAGAACACUAUACAAAGCACCAAGGAGUAGUGAGAGAAAGCUUCAGGAUGACAAUGUCUGGACCAAAUCUGACUACUGGAACCUUUUGGUGUGUCCACCUUCGAUCCCGCUCGCAACAAGUGACUACGUCACGCCGGAGAGCGGCACUUUCUUCACCCAUGAGCAGGGAAGGUCAUUGACUGACAAACAGGAAGGGGCUCAGUGGUUUGCAUCUCCACAAGCCAUUCGGAACAUCUUGGAAACCUGCCUGUCAAGGGUGAGCACUUUGAAAGGACAACCCCUCAUUGUGCAACAUCUCACGAUGUAUGACGGGGUAUUAGAGAAGGUGCUUGUGGACCUGAUGACCGACCUUCAGUCAGAGUGUUAUGUGGCUGGCUUCAGCGAGACGCAGAACAGCAACAUCUUCACAUACAGCGUCACUGGAGUGAAGGACAAGCUUUUGGAGGAGUGGAAGCAGGGCCGUGGCCAGAUUGGCCAAAUGAACCCGAAGUACCAGGAAACUGCAGAUUUGAGUGACCAGGCGCCACCACGCGCCCCGACGUUGAAGCUUUGCACCAUGAACGCGCAGGGUCAUUUGAGCAUCCCGCGAGAAGUCCGAGACAAGUGGUUGGCAGGUGAGGAAGGACCACAGCCACGACAAGGAGAUGAGGAACGCGAUCUUGGAGCAGAAGCAGGAGCAGAAGCAGCACCAGCUGCGCAACAGAUGGUUCAGCCCCCAUCCAUGACUGAGGAAAAGUUCAAAGAGACCUACCGGAGCACAGAUGCCCAGGUAACAUUGAGUGUUGGAUUCAGCGUCACGUGCUUUGUGGUUGGAUCAAAGGUUUUCCUUCAGAGCCCUUCACAAGUUGUCCUUCCUGGUGUGUGCUCUUCCUCAGCCAAACCUUUGUUCAUGUAUGCUGGUGGAAGUUGGAUCAGUGAAUCGGCAAAGGCGCAAGAGUUCUUGAGCAAGCCAGCAAACCAGGACAAGGCCGUGGAGUUUCGGGUGGCAUCUGGAGAAGACAGAGAGCAAAGCAGCCAGGGUCCUGCCGACACAGCCCCAAUGAGCAUCUAUGAGCUCAUUGUUUCGAUGGAGAAGAAAGGCAUUCUGGAUUUGAAGCUUACAGGACAUGGUUUUGACCGACCAGCAGCCGUCAAGCGUGGUGAGGAGCGUGACCGCAUCGAGGUGACCCACGAAGCAUAUUCACUCUUCAAACCGAAUGCCGUGACAGCCCGAACUGCGAAGGCAACCAAUAUUGCUGGGCUGAUUGGAUACACAGCGCUGUCCAAUAGCCAGCACAUCCAGUUGGUGUGGCGAACCUUGGGCUUGUUUCGAUGA